AGGACAUCCGGAACACAGUGGGGAACAUCCCUAUGGAGUGGUACAAGGAUUUCCCGCACAUCGGUUAUGACCUGGAUGGCAAGAAGAUUUUCAAGCCUCUGCAGACGAAGGACCAGCUGGAGGAAUUCCUAGACAAGAUGGAGAAUCCCGAUUAUUGGAGAACCGUUCAUGAUAAGAAGACCGGACAGGACAUUAAGCUGACUGAUGAGCAGGUGGACCUAGUGGAACGGCUUCAACAUGGACAGUUUGGGGACACCAAGUAUGAUCCUUAUGAGCCAUAUGUGGAUUUCUUCACACAUGAGACCAUGAUCCAUCCUGUGACCAACCGGCCAGCAGACAAACGCAGCUUCAUCCCAUCCCUGAUCGAGAAGGAGAAGGUCUCCAAGUUGGUCCACGCCAUAAAGAUGGGCUGGAUUCGGCCACGGAAGCCACGUGAUGACACUCCCGCUUACUAUGAUCUGUGGGCACAGGAAGAUCCUAAUGCCAUCCUGGGGAGGCACAAGAUGCAUGUUCCGGCUCCGAAGCUGCUUCUUCCUGGCCAUGAAGAGUCCUAUAACCCCCCACCGGAGUACCUGAUGACUGAGGAGGAGAAACUGGCCUGGGAACAGCAGGACCCUGAAGACAGGAAGUUGCCGUUCCUACCCAAGCAUCAUGGCAGCCUGCGCGCUGUGCCGCCUCCGCCUACUCCCGCUUCAUCCACGAGCGGUUUGAGCGCUGCCUGGAUCUGUACCUGUGUCCUCGGCAGAGAAAGAUGAGGGUGAAUGUGGAUCCCGAGGAUCUGAUCCCCAAACUCCCCCGACCUCGAGACCUGCAACCGUUCCCCACCACACAGUCCAUGGUGUACCGCGGACACACGGAUCUGGUACGCUGCAUCGGUGUCUCCCCCUCUGGGCAGUGGAUUGUCUCAGGGUCUGAUGACUGCACCCUCAGGUUCUGGGAGGUCAGUACCGGACGCUGCAUGAAAACCAUCCGCCUGGACGGGGCCAUCAAGAGCGUCAGCUGGAACCCGAACGCCACAUUGAUCCUGGUGGCUGCAUGUGUAGAGCGCUCUGUCAUCAUUGUGAACCCGGGACUUGGAGACCGCCUACUCUGCAAUUCUACAGAUCAGCAUGUGGGGGCGCACCAACCCCCCGAGGAGGAGAAGCCACAGCCAGUGAAGUGGGAGGCAGUGGAGGGAGCGCAGUAUGAAGAGGGAGUCCGCCUACGUAUCCAGCAUGAGAAGGCGGUGAAGCAGGUGACGUGGCACGGUCGGGGGGAUUACUUCGCGGUUGUCAUCCCGGAUAACGGGAACUCGCAGGUUCUCAUACACCAGCUGAGCCGGAGGCGGAGCCAGAACCCGUUCCGGAAGAACAAGGGGCAGGUCCAGCGGGUUCUCUUUCACCCGGCCCGCCCCUUCUUCUUCGUCGCCACCCAGAGGUGUGUCCGCGUCUACAAUCUGCUGAAACAGGAACUCGCCAAGAAACUGAUGGCCAACUGCAAGUGGGUGUCCAGCAUCGCCGUCCACCCUGCGGGUGACAACCUGAUCUGUGGGAGUUAUGACUCCAAGCUGGCGUGGUUCGAUAUGGACCUGUCCACCAAACCCUACAAAGUGCUGAGGCACCACAAGAAGGCCCUGCGGUCGGUGGCAUUCCAUAGGCAGUACCCGCUGUUUGCCUCGGGUUCAGACGAUGGCAGCGUUAUAGUUUGCCAUGGAAUGGUCUACAAUGAUCUCCUCCAGAAUCCUCUGAUUGUGCCGGUGAAGGUUCUGCGUGGACAUGAGAUCACGCGUGAUCUGGGCGUUUUGGAUGUGGUCUUUCACCCAACCCAGCCCUGGGUCUUCUCAUCAGGAGCUGACGCCACCAUCAGGCUGUUCACGUAA